AUGCACUCCGCCAGUUUGUUCUCACUUCUAAUAACCCUAUGCACCCUCCUCCUCUACUCUUCCCCAGCCCAAGCAAGCCCCCAAGCCACCACCAUCCAAUCCGACCACAACAACCCCCUCAACUGGAUCCAGAAAACUCACGACCGCCUCGGCAACUUCGACGCAUUCGACGACGAGGACAGCGCUACCCUCUACAAUGGAACAGUCGAGUUCCAAACAGCUGCUUCGGAUCUUGUUAAUCGCUUUUCUACCGAGGUUCCUAAUUUCCGCAACAUGAAUGCAUUGCCCGUGGCUCGCAUGGUCCUUCAAUACGUUCAUGACAAGAAUGCGGCUACUGUGAAUGAUUUGGCAUCUAAGGUAACAGAGCCUCAUAAAGAGGCUUUCAGGAACGCAACGGGAGAUAUUGAGGAUAUUAUGCCGCGGCUUUCCGGACUAUGGAUGCGGCGAAGGCGGAGAAUUCGGGAAAUUGAUGGUAGCUUGAGGGAGAGAUUGGUUGGUUGA